CCCACUUUUCGUCGUCGUUCUGUUCGCUUCUCAUCCCAGAAAGCGUUCAGCUAAGGGUGAAAUCUGCCGGAAGGCUUCAAGAAUGAUGGGUCUUGUCUCCGGCCGUCGUCGGGCGACUUCGAGCGCCAGUAGUCGGUCCUCUGGAGAUGCGAGCGACCCGAUCGAAGAUGACACAUUGGUGGUUGAGCCUGACCAGGGAAACGUCCUGUCGCACCUUAUAUCCCAGUUGAGACCCGGCGCCGACCUCAGCAGAGUAGUGCUGCCGACCUUCAUCCUGGAACCUCGGAGCAUGCUAGAACGGAUUACCAACUUCAUGUGCCACCCCGAAAUGCUACUGCCCAUCCCUCAGAUCGAUGACCCAGUGGAAAGAUUUGUGGCGGUGGUUAAGUUCUACUUGAGCGGCUGGCACAUUCGUCCUCCAGGGGUUAAGAAGCCCCUGAACCCCGUCCUUGGCGAGAUAUUCACCUGCUACUGGGACUUCCCGGACAACACGCGAGCAUAUUAUAUUUCCGAACAGACGUCUCAUCACCCGCCAAAGUCGAGCUAUUUUUACAUGGUUCCGGGACACAACAUAAGAGUUGAUGGCACUCUGAAACCUAGAAGCAAGUUUCUCGGCAACUCGGCCGCUAGUAUGAUGGAGGGCACCGCAAUCUUGACGCUGCUGAAUAGGGGCAAAGAUCGUUCCAAGGGUGAACGCUACAUCCUUACGCAGCCGAACAUGUAUGCCCGGGGCAUCCUAUUCGGGAAGAUGAAGUAUGAGCUUGGAGACCACAGUUACGUACGGUGCCCUGAGAACGGCCUGUCAGCCGACAUUGAGUUCAAAACCAAGGGCUGGGUUAGUGGCACCUACAAUGCCAUUGGUGGAGUAAUCAGGAAUGAUAGUACGGGCGAAAUCCUGUACGAAAUCUCCGGGCUGUGGAGUGACGAGAUGUUCAUCAAGGACAUAAAGACCGGACAUAAGGAAAUGUUCUUCAACGCAAUGCGAGCGAAACCCAGUCCUCCGAUAUGCCGAUCCUUGGAAGAGCAGGAUGAACGGGAGUCGCGUAAGCUCUGGGCCAAGACCGCGCAAGCCGUCAAGGAUCGCAACCAUGAACUUGCAACUGAGGAAAAGACAAAGGUCGAGGACAGGCAACGGCAAGAAGCCGCAGCGCGAGCUAACGACGGCCUGGAGUGGCACCCUAGGCUGUUUAGGCGAGUCAGGGGCGGUCCAGGGGGGCCGGAAGAGGGUGAGGAAGACCUUGAGUGGAUCAUCAACGCGCAAAUAGACGGUUCGACGCCUGAGAAGCAAGCAGCCCAGAUCAUGGCAAUCUAUCCGAUAGUCAAGGGUCAGAAAUUCAGCCAGGAGAACAUGAUUCCUCCGAGAGUCUCGCCAUCAGGACAGAGCACGCAGUCGAAAGAACCUGCCAGCGACGGCGGUGACCUGAUAGACUUUGGCGACGAUAGAUCGCCAUACGAUACGCCACAGUCGUCGGAGCAGAGUCUAGGAGAGAAACCGCCGCUUGCGCCAUCGCACAAGAGUACGAGCGAGAUUCAGAAGAUGCUUGCCUCGACGGGAACCGGCAACAAGGAAGGGCCGCUGAUUGAUUUUCACAACGACAUGGAGAAGAGCCUACCAAGCAGCGUCAAGAGGGCCGACUCGGAGAACGAGUCGCAGGACGAGUUUGUCGAUGCCCAAGACUAGGCGCCCUGGCAUCACGUUCUACCGUCGGUUGGCGGCGUCAGGCUUUGAAUAUGAAAAGGGAUGAAUGGGCUGUAGUAGUCGCAUCAGUGGCGAACAGGUGGCUACUCAGAGAGAAGGCAAGUCGGGCUGAUCCGGUUAGCCUCGCCGCAUAAUAAUAGAUAUGAUACCUCGCAGCUGCAUUUUCUCUGCGGUUUGCUGGCGCUAGCAUCAUGGUUUGCGCGGGCUUUAUCUUAUGGUCACGCUUGUCUCGCAUAUUAUUGUGCUUCUGAUCUGUCAAUAGUCUCACUGCUCUAAUGGAUAUCUAAGAUGACCUCCC